AUCAACUUAUGAAUCAAACAUAACUUGUUUAGAAAUAAAAACUAUAAUGUGUGUACAACUCUUGUACUAACCACACUACACCGAUUUUUCUUUUUGGAUUGAUACAUCAAUGUUUGCAUUCACUUAAAGUUAAAAUUUUAAUUUGGCAAAACAAUUUUAAAUGAUGAGCUAUUCUUUAGUCACAGGAAUAUAUUUAUAAUUCACAAUGUUAUAUUGAACGCUCUAGUGUUUUGUUCAUUGUGUAGUGAUUUAAUUAAAAAAAGUAAAAUAUUUACAACAAUUUGUUGUUUGAUCAACAAAACUUCUGAACGGACAUGUUUUGUCAAUGUGCAACUCCCUCUGGAAACUGUUACAAAAAUACCCCAAAUCUUCCGGAGCUUUUUUUAAAAUAAAUGUAAUUGUAUUUUCUCUGGAGGGGGGAUGCUAAUUUUAAAGGAUUUUUUUAAUUAAACAUGUAUUGAUCUGUCUGCAACAUUGUUAAAAGGGCUACUGUCAGUCCGAAAUGUUGAAUAUGAAUAAGUCACUCCUGGUGUUAUAGAUUUAAAUAAUACACAAAUGAAUAGUAGGAAACAUAAAGAGCAUGCUUGAGUAAGGUGGUAGUGGAGCAGGCAGAAGAUGUGGUCGCUGAUGUGACUGCAAUAGUUGGCUUCUCCAGCAGGGGGAGGCUGUGCAACACUCUGGAUAUUAGAUGCACUUCUUUAAGGAAGACGAAGAAGCUACUUCCUCCUCCUGUGUGCUCAUGCUUGUAGUUGGGAGGCUGGUUUGAAAGCUGUCAGCCUUCCUGCUUUUUUUUCAAGAUGAACAGUGAAAAUUUCAGCCUGAGUGAGAAGAUCGUGUCGACCUCUUACGUCCGACAGGGCAGUCAGGCACGUCGCAGCCAUGAGCAGCUCAUCAGACUCUUGCUGGAGCAGGGAAAGUGUCCAUCGGAGGGGUGGAGUGAGAGCACCGUGGAGCUCUUCCUCAACGAGCUAGCUGUGAUGGACAGUAAUAACUUCCUGGGAAACUGCGGGGUCGGAGAGAGGGAGGGCCGCGUGGCCUCCAGCCUCGUGGCCAGGAGACACUACAGGUUGAUCCAUGGCAUCGGUCGGUCAGGUGACAUCGCUGCCGUCCAGCCCAAAGCUGCAGGAUCCAGUCUGCUCAACAAGCUCACCAACUCUGUGGUGUUGGACAUCUUAAAGCUCUCAGGUGUCCGGAGUGUUGCCAGCUGCUUUGUAGUUCCCUUGGCAACAGGCAUGAGCUUGACUCUGUGUUUCCUGACCCUUCGCCACCGAAGACCCAACGCUCGCUACAUCAUUUGGCCUCGCAUCGACCAGAAGUCCUGUUUCAAAGCCAUGAUCACAGCAGGAUUUGAGCCGGUGGUGGUGGAGAACGUUCUCGAGGGCGAUGAGCUACGGACGGACCUGGAAGCAGUUGUGCGCAAGAUCGAGGAGCUCGGUGCUGAGAACAUCCUGUGUGUUCAUUCGACAACGUCUUGCUUCGCCCCGCGGGUCCCCGACAGGCUCGAGGAGCUGGCCACUCUGUGUGCCAAACGAAACAUUCCCCACAUUGUGAACAAUGCGUACGGAGUGCAGUCGUCUAAAUGCAUGCACCUCAUACAGCAGGGGGCUCGUGUUGGGAGAAUCGACGCCUUUGUGCAGAGCUUGGACAAGAACUUCAUGGUUCCAGUAGGUGGCGCCAUCAUCGCAGGCUUCGAUGAGUCCUUCAUACAGGAGAUCAGCCAGAUGUACCCAGGUCGAGCGUCCGCUUCUCCUUCCCUCGACGUCCUCAUCACCCUCCUUACUCUGGGAGCCAGCGGCUACAAGAAGCUGCUGUCAGAGAGGAAGGAGAUGUAUUUGCUCCUGGCACAGGAGCUGAAGAGUCUUGCCUCUGCACACGGGGAGAGGCUUCUGCACACCCCACAUAACCCCAUUUCCCUGGCCAUGUCUCUGGAUGGUCUCCAGGCAGAGAGCGACGGGGCGGUGACUCAGCUGGGCUCCAUGUUGUUCACCCGGCAAGUGUCGGGAGCCAGGGUAAUACCACUGGGCAAGGAGCAGACCAUCAGCGGGCACACGUUCCGCGGCUUCAUGUCUCACUCGGAUGCUUACCCGUGUCCCUACCUUAACGCUGCCUCGGCUGUGGGCAUCACGCGGGAAGACGUGACCCUGUGCAUGAAACGGCUCGACAAGUGCCUGAAGACCCUGAAGAAAGAGAAAAAUGCCACGAAAAGUAGCUCCCCCGUACUUCCACCGUGCCGGGAGGACACCACUGGAGAAGGACUAUAAUAAGAAAACAAAGUGAGUUCUACUUACUGUGAGAUCUUCUUCACCACUUCUGAACUUUGUGUGUUUUGAAAGGCUGAUGGAUUAUCAAUCCAGAUAAUGUAAUGAGGUCAAAGACUGGAGCUCAGCAGCAACAGCUGGUGUCGAAACUUCCUGCAGGUGUUCAUUAAAACAAACACGACUUGGGCUGAUGUCACUGAUUGAUUACCUCUUCUGUGAACGUGUCUUACUUAGUAGAUAUUUUAAGGACGCUGGAUGCUUACAAAUGCUUCUCGGGAGCAUAUGGUUGUUCACUAACACUUGCAUUUUCAAUAUAUAUUGAAAAAAACUAAUUUCUAAUGGAGUUUUGGACUUUAAAUAGCUCAAUGAUGAACCAUUACAAGGGGCUUUACUGUAUGUGUGUCAUUUAUCUUAAUUAAAACCAUCUCAAGCCUCCACAGUGCAAUGGAAUGUAAUUACCUAUGGUUCCUCUUAUUCUUUGCUCAUGUUAAGCAGACACAUGCAUGCUUGAUGUGCAUUCUGCUCUGGGAAAUGCAUUAGGCCUUUUCCACUUAUUGACAUAUGAAACAAAAUAGCUUUAUAAUGCAGUAUGUUGCACCAUGUCUUCUGCAGUGUGAUGUAAUGUGAUAUAAAAGCCGUUGAGCCAUUAUCUCCCAUUUGAAGCCGGUGAAUUUAAUCAGCUCUUUUACUUUCAAGCUGCAGCAAACAAUCCAAUGAACAGAUAAUCAAUUUAGUUCACCGAACAUAGAUCACUGCUGUGUCGAGGAAAUGAAAUGUUCACCAAACCUGUGCUGUACGGAGAUGUAAUAAUUUAUGUAAAUACGGUUACAUUUGUUGGGAACUUAAUAAAGGCUAUACACGCAGACAUAAAAAGCUCUAACCUUUUAAAUGUUCUUGGUGGUCUAAGAAUUAAGGCUCUGUUUUGUUUACUAUGAAUAAUCUAUAUAGGGUCUUUAUACUUCAUUUAUUAUGACACUAAUGUAAUGUCAAUAUGUUCAUGUUCAAUUUUUAUUUUUGAAAAGUGUUUGCUAGCUUAAGAUAAGUAUCAGAUAAAGGUUAGUUUAGAUUUUGAAGAAAUCCAAAGAAAAUGCAUAGUUGGAGAACUGUGCAGGAUUUUUUUUAUAUGCCAAUGAUUCUCGAGACCUUGGAUAAAACAGGUUUAUAAUUAUCAGAAUUAUUAUUUUUUAAAUGUUAGGAAAUCUAAACUUAUAUUUCUACAGAGAAAUAUUUCGGUGCAGCCUCCUGAUUUUGUCAAUUUUUUUACAAGUGAUGUUUUUCCUGUCACAUCGCCAGGGAUAAUGAAAAGUGAAAUGUUCCUCUUUAUUUGGUCUUUUUAUAGAUUUGGAGCUUUUAAAUCAUUUUGUCUACAUCAUAGGUACACAUAAAUGCUGUUAAAUGUUGGAUAUUCACUUUGAUUUCCAUGGAGAUCUGAUCUGAAUAGCUCACUUUAAUAGCAUGUUAUGUUUCCUAUAAUAACCCUGAUCAUUUGCUCCGGCUGCCAUAGUGUCUGCGUCAGUGCUGGGCCCAGGUGAGCUUCAGAUAGCAAAGUAUACAUUCAGCACACGCUUCUUUUUAAACUGUAGUUGUUAAUGCAGGUCUGAUGCAUGUGCAGCAGCAGCCCAUCCGCCCUGGGAGAGUGGACUUAAGUCAGAUAGAUGGGGUUGCUGGAUCAGCACACGUUCCCAGGCUGCAACUAUUAACACAAUACAGAGGAAAAACAGAGCGCUCGUUACAAGGCAGUACCAAGAAGAAUUGUUGAAAAAACAGCUUGUUUCUCAUUUUGUUUUUGUGGUAGCAAAUGUUUCCGUCAGGAUGAAAGAAUCCUGAAUUUAAGGACUGAUCCUGAAUGUGGAUCAGUGCAUUUGGUUAACCUGAAGUUGCCUGGCUGUCUGUAUGCAGAGCUGUCGUGCAAAUGUUGCUCUCCUGCAUGUUUUUGUCUUUCUCCCUGUCACCAGUUUGCUAGGGUUUCCCAUCUUCUGCUGAGGGUGCAGGAAUGCUGUGGGAGAGAGUCAGACUCAUUAUUUUGUGCAGGCCAGUUUUAAAGGAACCCCCCCUCUAUUGAUCAAGCCUGCUGCAGUGUGUAAAUCAGAAAAGAGCUGCCACGAAGAGACGUGCACAAGGCAUCACAAUCUGUUUUUCAUGCAACCCAUUUAUCAGUGGCAAGCAUAGGUAAACAGCUGAUUUAACCAAACACUUAGGAUUAUGAAGAAAACGGGAACCAUUAUGACAACACAAGUCAGUUUCUUGUGUUAUUAUCAGCAUAUGAGUGUCUUCUUAACCUUAAUAAGGCAUAAAUAGUUUAGAUACAUGGUAGAGCGUACAGCCCGUGUGCUGAAGAUGAUGGAGGGUACACACAGGGCCACAGAUUACCAAAUGACCAAACUACUAGUAGAGACUUAAUAAGCCAACAAGCUUCAAAUGGGUAUGUUAUUGACUUGGGCCUUUUUUAAAAUCUUUCUAUAAAAGUGUACCUUUCAAUGAUUUAACAGUGUAACACAUUUUAACAUGAAUUUGCUCGACAAAGCCCGGGAAAAUGUUCAGACACAGAUGAUCGAAAACCUGCAUUUGUUUGCAUCCCUUGUCUCAAAAGCCUAUCAAAUGAAUAAUUAUUAAAUAGUAUUAUUGUCUCCUUGCAGCAUUGUACAUGUCUUGUCUGUGAUCUUGUAUUUUUGUUGUAGGCAAACAAUAAAAAUCCAUGCAAAUCA